AUAAUGUUGUCUUCCCCAUUUUAAGAAAAUGGCGGAAGCUAGAGAUCGUGCAUUGAACGAAAUUGCUACACUGAAAGAAGAUUUUAUUGAAACCUUAGAUUCAUUAGAAUUGACAGAAGAUAGGAAAGACAUUGUCAGCCGAGCUAUGAAAGAUCUUUCAAAGGCCCCGGCACCGAAGCAGAUGUUGGUCGGCGGAACGGCUGGCUGGUUGGCCGGCUACACUACAAUGAAGCUUGGAAAGAUGGCAGCCACAGCUAUCGGCGGAACUCUUCUUAUUCUUCAAAUAGCUCAUCAUAAAGGAUAUAUUAAGGUUGAUUGGAACAAGAUGACGACGGACUCCUCCUCUAUGGCGGAGAAGCUCAAGAAGAAGCUCCACAUCAAGUCCAAGUCGGGACUAGAGAAGUUUCAGGAUUUUGCCGCUAAAAAUAUAUACGUUGCCGGAGGCUUUACUGGAGGAUUUUUCCUUGGCAUUGCUUCCUCUUGAUCUGAAUAUUAGCAUUACCAUUUUUAUUUACAGAAAUCAGAAAUGUUCGAUAGCAAACCAAAUAUUCUUGUAUAGUUCCUGACAGUGUUUUUUCCCCAAAUAUAUAUUUACUCAAAAA